AUGGUUAUUCCUGAAUAUGAAUCAUACACUAAAAAGGUAGAGUCGCUUAAGGAAAAGGUAAGAGACAUGUUAAUGGCUUCAACGAAGAAUCUAAUCCAAAACAUUGAACUUAUCGAUACAUUACGUCGCCUUGGUGUAUCGUAUCAUUUUGAGAUGGAGAUCGAAGAACAAUUAAAUCAUAUUUUUUACGUGGUUUCCAAAUUUCUUAAAGAUAAUGAUUGUGAUCUCUAUAGUAUAGCACUUCUCUUUCGAGUUUUAAGGCAACAUGGAUAUAAGAUAUCUUGCGACGUGUUUAACAAAUUCAAGGACAAAGGUGGAAAAUUCAAGAAAGCUAUCACUGAUGAUGUGAAGGGCAUUCUCAGCUUAUAUGAAGCAAGUUCUGUAAGUGUGCACGGAGAAGAUAUUCUAGAUGAAGCUCUUGCUUUUACAAAGCCAAUAAAGCCAAAUCUGGAGUCAUCACUAAGCUAUGCAAAGUCAUCACUAGCUAUGCAAUCAAUUCCUCAUCAUCUUGCACAACAUAUAAGAAAUGCUCUCAUCUUGUCCUUUCACAAAGGAGUACCAAGAGUUGAGGUCAGGCAAUACAUCUCUGUUUACGAAGAAGACGAGUCUCCAAAUCAAACCCUACUUGAGUUUGCAAAAUUAGAUUUCAAUCGAGUACAAUUACUACACAGACAAGAGCUUGGUGAACUAGUGAGGUGGUGGAAAGAUUCCAAUCUUGUAGAGAAGCUUCCCUAUGCAAGAGAUAGAAUCGUAGAGCUCUAUUUCUGGGCAUGUUCAAUGCAGUCCGAGCCUCAUUUUGCUCUUUUAAGGUUAAUGGUAACGAAAUAUCUGAUGAUGGCAUCAUUAUCAGAUGACACAUAUGAUACAUAUGCUACAAUGGAAGAAAUAAUUGCCUUUUCCGAUGCAUUUGAGAGGUGCAACAUUAGUGCAAUUGAUCAACUCCCAGAUUACAUGAAAGAUCUCUACAAGAACAUUUUGGAUCUUUUUGAGGAAACAAGUAAUAUUGUGUGCAAAGAAGGAAGGUCCUAUUGUGCCUAUUAUACGAAGGAGGCAUUUAAAGAAUUAUUGAGAGCCUACCGGAUGGAGGCGAAAUGGUCUAAUGAUGGAUAUGUGCCAACAUUUGGGGAGUAUUUGCACAAUGGUGCAACCUCAAGCAGCUAUGGAGUAGUUCCAGCAGUAUGUUUUGUUGGGAUGGGAAAAUUUGCAGGCAUCAAGGAAUAUGAGUGGCUAAAAGCUAACCCAAAAAUUGCUAAUGCUGUCAAGAUAAUUGGUCGUUUGUUGAACGAUAUAGUAUCCCAUGAGGAUGAGCAAAAGAGGGGAAAUUGUGCUUCAAGUGUACAGUGUUACAAAAAGGAAUAUGGUGUUACAGAAGAAUGGCAGUUGAAGAGAUAUGAAAAGUUUGUGGAAAUGCAUGGACAGACAUUUAAUGAAGAAUGGAUGAGACCAAAAAUGUCCAUCCAAGGCCAUCCUUGA